UUUAUUGUUAUAUUCUGUAUAAUCAAUAAUUUAACAUAUAUUUUGUUAAAGUUGAAUAAGUUGUUAGUAAUUGAUUUUUCAAUUUCAUUAUAAUAUAUCAUGGGUUGUGAUGGUGGAACUAUUCCUCGAAGAGAUGAACUCGUAAGAGUUAAAAAAAAACCAGAACAGAAAGAUAAGGAAGCAGAAUUAGCAUUUAAGUGGAGACAUUGUACAAUUAAACAAUUACCAUUACAACCACCAGUAGUUGGUUGUGGUUUAGGUCAUCUUUAUAGUAAAGAAUCUAUAUUAGAAGGUCUCCUUGAUCGAAGUACACUUCCAGAAUCAGCACAACACAUUAAAACCUUAAAAGAUAUAAAAAACUUAAAUUUGACACCAAAUCCAGCAUUUGAUGGUAAUAAAGCAAAAAAAGGAGAUUGUUAUGCAGAUGAAGGAAAAAGUCCAUAUAUUUGUCCACUUAUUGGACUAGAAAUGAAUGGUAAAUACAAAUUUUGCUUUUUAUGGUCAUGUGGUUGUGUAAUGAGUGAAAGAGCACUUAAAGAAGUCAAAAGUAAGAUAUGUCAUCAAUGCCAACAAGCUUUUACUGAAGAAGAUAUUGUUAUCAUAAAUGCAGAAAAUAAUGAUCUUAAAUUGAUGGAAGAGAAUAUGAUACUACGAAAAAUAGCUAAAAAAAAAUCUAAGAAACAUAAACAUAAUGAAGAUAAUCAAAUAUUAGAUAUUAAACAAGAAGAAAUACCAAAGAAAAAAAUUAAAAAAGAAGAUAAAAGUUCUACUUCUAAGAUUACUAAUAGAACAGAAGCUGAAGAUCCAGCAUAUAAAAAAGUUAAAGAAAAUUAUAGUGUUGCAAAAGAUCCUAAAGCAUCAGAAGUUUUCAAAAGCAUUUUCACUACCCACAAAUCUGCAGCAGAACAAGAUAGGGCACAUUGGAUUACAUAUAACCCUUUUUACAAUUAAAAUAUUUCAAAUAUAAUGAAUAUUCUAAAAAUAAUUAAUAUUAUGCAUAUAGCAAAUAUUAUAUGUAAAAAUAAUAAUAAAUAUCUUUACACAUAAAUGUUUUCAUUAUUAAA